AGCAAACAGACGCAUUCAAAGGUGGGUACGCAGUGAGCAGGAUACUCUUCAGCAAUAGAGCGCCCUUGGUAGUUUGAGGAGUGCUUGUACAGCGUCCUCUCCGCCUGUCGGGUUGGCGAAUUGGGACUAAUGUUGUCUCGGCCAUUUUCAGUUUUGGGUCACUUGUUCUGUAGUCUGUCACCUAUCGUCCUCAGUACUCCACGCAUCCGAACAGGACGCUCGAUAGACACUAUAGCAUUCUGUCUCCAUACGAAGUCGAGGCAAAAUGGGAAAAGCAAAGAAGAGUACGAAAAAGUUUGUCAAGAACCACUUGAAAGAUGUGGUUCAACGGCGGAAAAAGGUCCAAUCAGCAAACAAGCACCGCAAGGGCGGAAAACCAGCCCCGAAAGCAGAAACACCAGUAGAGGAUGUGCCAGUGGAAGCGUCGGACAUGGAGGCAGACAGUGAUUCCGAUGACGGCUUCGAUGACGCCGGCUUAGCACCCGGUUCGGAUUCGGAUGCAGACAGCGACGCUGGCGCUGGAUCAGAGUCGGAUGGGUCUGUAGAUGAUUUGGAGGAUUUAAGUGAUCUGGAGGGGUCGUCUGAUGCUGGGUCCGACGAAGGGGAUGAGGAGGAGAUGGAGGUUGACGGCGUGAUUUCCGAGAAGAAACGGGCAAAGAAGGAUCUCAAUGUGGACAUCGCGGAUCACAAACACGAGCUGGAGGAGCUGAAGAAGAAGGACCCUGAGUUCUUCAAGUUCUUGCAGGAGAACGACCAGGAGCUGCUGGAGUUUCAGGAUGAGGAGGAAGUCUCGUCAGGGGAUGAAGCGGAGGACGCCGCAGAAGGCGAUGAUGCUAUGGACGUGGACGAGGCCGAGGAAGGGGAGGAAGAGGAAGAGCUGGACGAUGGAAAGACAGUCGUAACAAAGGAGAUGAUUGCGACCUGGCGAGCGUCCAUGAUCAACAAUCACAGCCUGCGGGGCUUGCGGAAAGCGCUUCUAGCGUUCCGCGCGGCUGCGAUUGCGGCUGACGCUGACGCCGAUGAAGACUCGUCCGUGUACAAGAUCCCUAGCGGAGCAGUGUCGAACAGUCUCUUGUUCCUGUGUGUGAAGCACGCCCCAGCGGUCUUCAACUACCAUGCUUACGGCGCGCCUACCGAAGACGGAAAGCCACGAAAGGGUUUGCCCACGAGCUCGUCCAAAUGGAAGAAGAUCCAGCCGCUCGUGAAAUCCUUCCUCACCAACUACCUCCGCCUCAUCAAGAACAUGACCGACCCAACUCUCAUCAAAUUCGUUCUCCGCGAAUCCGACGGCGCCACUCCCUACUUUGCCAGUUUCCCCAAACUUGGGAAGGACUUCUUAAAGAACCUCCUGCACUUCUGGACAGCGCCCGCCGACGACGAGCAAGUCCGCAUCGUCUCCUUCCUGUGUAUCCGCCGCCUCGCCGUCGUCGCUCCCACGCCCUAUCUGGACCUGGGCAUCAAAAAAACCUGCCGCGCCUUCGCCGACCAAUCCCGCAACACCAGCGUGCACACAUGGACCACCAUCAAUUUCAUGAUGAGCUGUAUCGUCGAGCUCUGCGGGCUGCACCUGGCCACAACGUACCAACACGGCUUCGUGACCAUCCGCCAAAUGGCCAUGCACCUCCGCAGCGCCAUUACUACAAAAACAAAAGAAUCCUUCAAACAGGUCUACAACUGGCAAUUCGUCCACUCGUUACGUCUGUGGACCCGCGUCCUCGCCACUUACUGCGACGUCAACAGCCCCCUCGACUCCGGCACCUCCGCGGCACUCCGGCCCCUUAUCUACCCGCUCGUGCAGGUCACGAUCGGCGUCAUGCGGCUCAAACCCUCGUCCAAAUUCUUCCCGAUGCGAUUCCAGUGCGUGCGCGCCCUUACGGAUCUCGCGCAGCACACUCAGACGUUCAUCCCGGUCGCGUCGCACCUGUUUGAGAUCUUCGAUAGCGCUGAGUUGAAAAAUAAGGCCAAGCCGUCAACGCAGAAACCCAUCGAUUUUACACUCGCAAUCAAGGCGCCCAACCCCUACCUUGGCACGAGGGUGUACCAGGUCGGAGUCGUGGAGGAGGUGGUGAACCUGCUGUUCAACUACUAUGGCGCGUUUGCGUUGUCGAUUUCGUUCCCGGAGUUGGCUGUUCCCGCGAUUUUGCAGUUGAAACGAUAUGUGAAGCGGUCCAAAAACUUCCAGGUUAACAAGCAGAUCCAGCAGCUUGUCGAAAAGCUGGAACAAAACAGCCGCUUCAUCGAAGAAAAGCGGUCCGCGGUAGAGUUCAGCCCCAAAGACGACGCGCAAGUGCGUCUCUUCCUCACAACAAUCGAUCCAAACGCCUCCCCCCUCCACAAACACAACACGGCGCGCCAAGCCCUUAAGGAAAAAGAGAUUGCGCGUCUGCAUGCCGAGGCGGCGGCUGCGAACAGGGGGAGUGAGGAUGAGGAUAGUGAUGAUCAGCCGAGGAAGAAACGGGGGAAGAAGGGGGCUGAUGAGGAGGAUGGGGAGAGUGAUGGAGAGGAUGAGGUUGUGGAGGAGGAUGGAGAUGUGGUUAGGAGGUUUAGGAUGAGUGAUGAUGAGGAGGAGGACGAGGAGGAGGAGGAGGACGAGGAGGGGGAGGAUGAGGAGGAGGAUGAGGAGGAGGAUGAGUAGAUGUUAGAGCAGGUAGAAGACGAACGCGUGUUUUACUUUGGUGUGCGAUUUGAGAGCUGGAAAUGGCGGUUAUAUGUCAACGCGUAGCGUAGCUCUCCUUUUUUGAACGGUGUAUUUAUGAGUCGUAUGCAUUUUAUCAUUAUUCCCUUGCAC